AUGAUGAGCUCCCCGCGAGAUCCCACGGCGCGCCUUCGCGCCGGGUUAAAUCCGCUUCACACAGCAUCGUUGGGCGGAUUUCAUGGCCACAACCCAAACCAUACGCCGGUGUCGGCCUUGUCAGUGAGUUCCCACGGCGCCUUCUCGUCCGGUCAAACUCCCCUGAGCGCCAUCCAGCCAUACAAUCCGCAACAAUGGAUCUCCUCGCCGGUCGCCGGUCCGGUCCCAGACCGAAUGCAGCACGUCCAAGCUGCCCAGCCCUACCAAGAGCCUCAAACGUCGCCCAUACCUCCCCCGCCCUACUCUCCCCCGCGCAGCGGGCGACCCAUGAGCAUGGUAUUCGACCAAACCCAGGUAGCCAACGUGUCCGUUGCCAGAGCCCCUCCGCCCCCGAUCCAGCGUGUCGCUACGGAGCCGCCGGUUGCAAACACGUCGUUCCCUCCCCCUCCCGGAACGAGAGGCGCCUCGCGCGAGAGACGAUUUGGGCUUUCAUCGCUGGGGAGAAGGCGAGAGGUGGAACAAGCAAGUCCGCCCAUGGAGCCACCACCACAGACCAGGUCGUUUAGUAUGCUGUCGCGUGGUGUUGUUAGCCACCCCGGGCCGUUAACGCUUCAGAUACCGCAAAGAACCGAUUCAGAUUCCCCUCAGAACAUGGCCCCCGGGGCACGACGAGCGGCUUCUACCCCGGCCGUUUCCACGCCGACAUCAGCUCGAUCGCGGUCCUCGUCGCAAGUGAGGUGGGAUCCCGCCAUGCCUGUUCCACCACCCCCGCCCGGCCCGCCGCCAUCGACGGCGAGGUCCCAGAGUGCCCAGCGAAUGCCAACCGGAAACGAACCGAUCGUAUCACCGCCGACCCGACGACCACCCCCGGGCGGGAUUGCUGCCCUGGGCCCGGUGCCGCUAACACCCGCAAAUUGGAGAGAUGGCGAUAGCAUGCCGGGACCUGGCUCGCUAGACCACGAGCCGCCAAAUAGGAUGGCUGUACAUGCUGCCGAAACCCCAAGUCCCGAGAGCCCCAUGGCGAGCCCAGAGCCCGAGUCGAGCGCUUCGGCAAGCCCGGCUGCGGGCUUGACGAGGAGCCCAGCCGUGAGGGGCGACAAGGCUCAGACGUUGCUUGAACGGAGGAGCGAGAGUAGGACAAGGGGGACCACCCGCGGCUCGAUCGAUGCUUCGGCGAAACCACAACCCCUCUCCGAUAUUGUGAUUCCAGGGCCGUCUGGGGGACUACAGCGGCGACUAACCAUCAGCCGCGGGACGCCGCGGACAGGCAGAGCGGGCGAUACCCCCAGAACAGCCGACUCGAUGGAGAGCGGGCAAGAAUCGCGAACGCCACGAGCAGAUGGGUCGGCACAGAUGCUGUCAGGACAGGUAACACCCACGAUGUUGUCGCCGAGCGCCGGGAAGCAACCAGAGCGCCAUGCGCUUGCGCCGAAAGCGCUGCCCACCCCACCCACCGGUAGCCGGUCGUCUUCGUCGCAUCGGGGGAUGAGCACGGGGCCCUUGAGCGCUCCACAAUCUCCUUCACUCUUAACCAAACAUGUAGCUGUUACUCAGAGCACCGAGCAGUUUGCGCGGGGCACCAUCGAGCGCUUUGCAGCUUUCGCUCGGAAUGAGGCGGCAGCACCAAAUGAUGCCGAACGGGUUCGGUUGUUCGCCGAGUUCUUCGUGAGCGAGUCGAGGAUACGACGGGAGCGGUAUGGGGCGGCUAUCGGGGCUAUGGGCUCAGAGAUUUUGGACUUGACGCGUGAUUUGUUCCGGCCGAUGCCUGCCAGACGAGAGUCCACCAACUCGGUCACCAGCGGGACCGUGGAACUAACACCACAGUCAUCCGAGCCUAGGUCGCACAGGGGUUCUAUCGGGUCGGCUUUGGGCGGCAACACGCCGACGUCUAGCCAACCAGCACCACCGUCGCCUAGCCCGUCUGCCAACCAAAACUGGCAAUCAUCCAACUUUAUGCCAUCCUUGUCGCCGAUCCUAAGUAUGAGCAUCAGCGACGUACUGGACGAGGAGGAUUCUCGUGGCCGUCCCGCAAGCCGCUGGUGGGAAGCGGACUCGACUGGGGCCCCAGGAGGCAAGAUGGAGAGGUCGAAACGGGAAUCCAAGUAUAUGGGCGUUCCGAAGGAGGCCCGGGAGGCGCUACAGUGGAUUGACGAGCCGCAACCAUCGCCCGGCGCAAGCUCGAGCAAGCGCGCCUCCUAUCCGCCGGAGAAGUCCGGAUGGCACGACCAGGAUCCGAUGACCACCCCCCAGGCCUUCUCCCACAGUUCGCUCGCCUCAUCAUCGACACCAGCAACACCCAACCCCGAACAUCUGGACGUCUCCCGCCUCGUGACACUGCCGCCCCCGUACCCACGCCACCAUCCCGCCGUGAACAACAACCACCCCGAGCUCGCCUCGACCCGCAGCGAGGUUCGCGUGAUCAGCGACAUGACGGAAGUCGAUGGGAUCAAGGAAGUGUUCAAGUUGACCAGCUCUAAGCUACGAGCCGAAGCCAGCGAGACGGAGAAGAAACGUCGUCAUGCUCUCCGUCAACACCUCCAAGAACAAAUCUCCUCCGGCGCCAUGGGCUACGCCGAAGCCGCCGCCGCCGAAGCCGACGCCAAGACAGACGAGCAAAGCCACCUCAAAGACCUGGAAAAGAAAGACUUCGACGCCUUCCAAACAGCCGUGGUCAUGCCGGUGAACGAGAUCCUACAAACGCGCAUUAACAGCGCCACCAACCUCUUCCAAUCCCUCCGUGGCCGGCUCUUCGACGAAACCCACGAGUCCAACCCCAACCUCCCCCAAGAAGAAGGCGACGAGCAACCCGAACUCCUCGAAAAGCUCACCCUCCUCAAAUGGAUCUUCGAAGCGCGUGAGGCGCUCCACCGCAGCCUGUACGACCUGCUCUCGGAGCGCAACGACCGCUACCGCGACAUGGUGCUGGUCCCCUACCGGCUCGCCGGCCAGGCCGACAAGGUCGCCUCGGCCGAGGCCUUCUUCGUCGAGGACGGCGCCAAGCGCGCGCAGGCGUACGCCGCCGAGGUGCUGCAGCGCACGCAGGAGUUCCGCGACGUCGUCGAGGACACCGUCGCACGCGGCGUCGAGGUCCAGCUCAACGCCUUCUGGGACAUCGCCCCCGACCUCAAGCGCCUGCUCGACAAGAUCCCCGGCGGCGACCUCGAUGGGUUUCAUAUCCAGAUUCCUGCCGCCGAGUUCGGCGAGAACCCGGCGUACCUGGACCAUCCGCUGCAGUACCUGUUUAGUUUGUUGCUGCAUGCUGAGAAGAGCACGUACCAGUUUAUUGAGAGCCAGACGAAUUUGUUGUGUUUGUUGCAUGAGGUCCGGGAGGCCCUGUGUAUCGGCGAGGGUCAAGGCGAUGGAGUUGGAGCGGAGGGAUGCUGGUCGAGUGGAAGAGCUGAAGGCCCAGGAGACGAAGCGGCUGACGGAUGA